AUGUUUCGCGCGUACUUUACAGGAAAUGAUUUACCAAUUGAAAACAGUCUAUGCAUGACUGUAGAGCACAUCCGUGCUGCUGAUAAUCCACGUUCAUUUUAUCAGUGCAUCUCACUUAGUGAUCAGGAAAUUAAGAGUUACCAUUUGAGUGAUAGCAAAGUAGGCACAUGGCAAGUGCGCAAAUGCCCAGGUGAUCAUCAAUUUGAUUACAUUAAACAAGGGUGUACUGAUAAAAGUAAGAUACGUAGACAACCUACAAAUUGUCGGUUGAAGCCAAAUGCCAUAGGAUGCCAGACAUCUUGCCAAGCUGCGAAUACUGUUCCUGAUCAGAUGAAGACUUGCGAUUGGUUAACAGCUCCUCUUCAAGAUGACGCUAACAGCAAUGCAGUAUUUCUACAGUGUGUACCUCAAUCUGCAAGAUCCUGCGGUCUUUGGACCCCAAGGCAAUGUGCCCACGGGAUGAUAUUCGAUGUUAGAUUACAGCUCUGUGUACCUCAGCAGCUAAUGGGCUGUCCAAUUGGAUCAGCACCAGUAAGUCGCUGUGCUCAACAACCUUUUGUUAAUUCGUGUCCAGGACAAUCACGGUGCACUGAGGAGUAUCAAGUAUGUUGUCUACCACUAAUUAAUCAACCGUCGCGAUACCAACCACUUCAACUUCAAUCGGUUUCCGUUCCGAACAACCUCUCUCCUCAAUUGUGUCCUGGUAAUACAGAACCACCUGUGGCUGCUUGUUCACCUAUGCAAUCUUGUCCACCGGGUACAAUCUGUUACGUAAUCAGCGGUUUUUGCUGUAGCAUUACAGUAGAGCCAUUAUCUGUCGUCGAACCACAACCUUCACUCGUUCCAGUCAUACAACGGCCACAAACACCGAUAUCGGUUGCACAGGAAACGAGCAUUCCAGUCUCUUCACACCAAAUUGUAAUAAUGUGUCCUAAUGGUUCGCCAGGAACACAACCAUGUGGUUUCAUGGAGCAGUGUCCAACAAAUAGUGGUUGUUAUCGUGGAGUGUGCUGUCCUUUAGUCUGUCCGAUCGGACAAAAUGCCGUUGGUUUCUGCGGACAGAGUUUAUCGAUAACGUUAUCGUGUUCAGAACAAUCUACUUGCAUGUCAGGAUGUUGUUGUCAACAGCAACACCAGGAACCAGUUCGGAUGCCUAUUUGUCGAAGUGGCGUUACUGCUACUUCAAGGUGUACCAUAGACCAAGAAUGUGGUCCAGGAAUGGAAUGUUCUAGUAAUGGUUGUUGUCCCAUACCAUUUUGCCCUACGGGAAUUCAGGCUGUGGGUAAAUGUCCAUCCGGUAUAGGUUGUCCAAGCACAUCAGUCUGUGCCAACGGUUUGUGCUGUCCCUCACCACGCUGUUCUUCCGGAGUCAUCGCUUUACGCAUCUGUGUAUCAAGUGUAGAGUGUGGAAUUGGUUUCGAGUGUGCCAACGGCGGUUGCUGUCCACUUCCUCUGUGUCCUAAUAAUCAAGUCGGAUCUCAACGAUGUGGGUGCUGUUGUCCCUUAGGUCAACAGUGUGUAAAUGGUGUUUGUUGCCCACUACCUGCUUGUUCCAAUGGGAUUAUAUCAGCAAUGGUAUGCGGACCAAGAGGCACUUGUCCACAUGGUAUGGAAUGUAUUAAUGGUGGUUGUUGUCCAUUACCUACGUGUCCGUCAGGCGCUCAAUCUUUUCAACGAUGCCAAGGCACCAUUUGCCCUGUGGGACAGAAUGGUGUGUGCUGUCCACUGCCUAUUUGCUCAACCGGUCAGAUAGCUGUUCAGUUAUGUGCUUUUGGUGAUAAUGCCUGCCCUCCUGGUUAUGUUUGCGAAGGACGAGGCUGUUGUUUGGAACCGUUACCGCUUUGUCCCAAUGGUGCUCGAACGUUACAACAAUGCAGUCGCGGUAUCGACUGCCCUCCAGGGUUCGGUUGUACUGCCAUGGGAGCUUGUUGUUUGCUUUCGCUCGAUCCUGCAUGUCCUUCAAACCAUAAUGCAAUCUGUCAGUGUUCUCCGACCAGUCAUUGUCCACCGCAUACUUCUUGUUCAAUGGGAACAUGUUGUAGUUCAGUGUCGCUAGAUGUGUAUAAUCGCGUUCCUGGAACCGCUUGUCAAACAGGAUCACAGUGUAACGGUUUCCAAACACGGGGCGCGCAAUGCAUGCAGUCAAUUUGCGUUUGUGUCAAUGGGGCGGCAUCAAAUGGACCAGCUUGUCAGCAGAUCAACCCUGCUACUUUGUUGCAAGCUAGAUCAGGAUGUGACCAGUAUGGUUCACCUUGCAAAUAUGUGUUAAGUAGUGUCCGAAGAAAGCCGUUGUUUGCUCCUAUGGGAAAUAUUACGGAACAACCACGUGGGUGUGACUUUUGGUAUGCAGUGACGACCCCACGACGGUGUCUCUGGAACAGUUCUAUUACCGAUCUUGAUCCUGACAGCACAUGUCUCCCAAAUGAGAAAUGCAUCAGUGGAGAAUGCCGCAUGAAAUUGUGGCCUGGAGAGUACGGUUGUACAAGUAACGAUGAAUGCUCUGCCAGAUGCCCCAACACUUUUUGUUCAAAAACUAGUGACAAAAAUUUAUCGCAGUGCCAGUGUUCAAAUGGCAAAAUACUUUAUGGACGUUGCUUCGCCCAAUGCCCAAGAGGUUUCCAUGUGAAGGGUGCAAACUGUGAACACGAUGACGAAGAUCAUUUUUGGAAGGAUAGAACUCAGCAAAAUUCUCUGCGUGAACUACUUAAUUCUGGAAGCUGCUAG